CAGGUCAAAAGUUACAAAAGUUAUCACUGGACUGAUUAGUAAAAGCUUGAUGUUAAGGGACUCAGCAUGUAUCACACUGUAGCAUGUUCCAUCCAAUACGCUAGCCCUUUAAGAAAUGUGAAUGUGUGACGUUCUGGAAGUGUCGCGAGAUUCGCCUGUAAACAGCGCGUUUUCAUAACGUGUUUUGAAUGCUGCUCAUGCGGUGGAGCGUCGAAGCCAUAAAACUCCGUGUUAUUAUCAAUAUAAUGAGAGAGAUGCACAUAUAGUGAUUGGAAAGCCUUCUUUAAUAUUUUGUUCAUGCGGAUGGCUGUGUAUUGUGCUGAGUGACCGUGAUUUCUGUCGAGACACGUACCCAUGUGACGAAAUCAGAUCGACAAUAGAUCUCGAAGCGUAAGUGUUGAACUAUCAUCAAUGCCAGUUUAUUAUUGAGAUAAUUUUGUUGUGCAUGAUGUGAUUUGAACAUUAAGUGAUUAGUGGUCAUCCUUGAUCGAUUAUAGAGGGGAGAAGAGAGCUCUGUAGGCCUUCUGUUUCCUCAGGCCGAGUGUGAAGCAACAGAAGGGGAAAUUGAGUUCAUCAUUGGCUGUGAAAGCGUGUACAAUGCUAUGGUGAUGCUAUGAUGAUGAACAGUAAGUUUGAAUUAGUUGACGUUUAAAGUGUACAAGUGUUAAUUUACUGUGAUUUGAGAUUGAGUGAAUAUUAGCCAGUGUAAUGUAUUAAUGUUACUGGGAAAUGUGGCUUCUAAUUUCAUUUUUAUGCAUGUUAUGUUACAUAAGCAGCCUUAUUUGAUCUUCUAUGCAUGCUGACAAAUCUUGUAACACUCUGUGUAUUUGUUUUUCAGUAUAAGAGUCCACUAUCGUUGUCUAUGUUGGUUAUAUUCAUGUAAUUGACCUGUUAAUGUGGUGACUGAGAACAAAGAGACAAGAGAGUUUGAUGUAAAGAAAAAAUAACAUCUUUAUUGAUUUCAACCACUGUAACAAGCCUUACUGUGUAACACCCUUAAGAUUUGCAUAAUUAACGCUGCACUGUUAAGUGCAGUCUGGAAUAAACGAUCCCCUUAAAAAAAAAUUAAUUCCUGUGUCCGGUGUAGUCACUAACACACCGGGCCACAGAGAAUUUUGGUACCAGGAGUGGGGUUCCAUUGCUAAUUUUGGGGUGACAGUCAGGUGGAUAAGGAGACACAUAGACAACGGUAGUGGUGAAGAGGGGUCGAGUUAGCGGUGCCAAGGAGGUUGACGACGUGAAGUGGGACGUGCCUGGAGAGCCUGCGGUGAAGCACGGGACCAGCUUUCAGGAACGCAGGAGGGUGUUCACUUCGACGCUGAGAUCGUUGACAAAGGCGACCGCAGAAAAUAGCCCUUCAGGUUAAUCCGCUGUGACUGUGUUUUGUGACUGUGUGCCAUUCGAGGUAGAGACAUUGUAAGAGCAUGGACCAGGACGAUGAUGUGCCAGCGGCUCAGGCUGGAGCCAGCCGUGAUAUGGACAAUGCUGAGGCGGUGGGUCAUGAUGAUCUAGGUAAUCCAGUGGCAGAAUUGCAGUCACAAAUUUUGGAGCUAGGUCGAAGACACGACCAAGUCAUGUCAACCCUUGCUAAUAUGAGUAAUGUUGCCACUAGAUCUUAUGUUUACAUUCCAAGGGAACGUCAACUUAUGCCAUUCAGUGGUGAUCAUGUUAAAGAUGGUCAGUCUGUAGAUGAGUUCAUUGAUGAGGUUGAACGUGUAAUUCGGGUAAGGGGUUUGAACGUUGAUGACCAAGUUGAUUUCAUACUUUCACAUUUAAGAGGUUCAGCCUUAGAUGAAGUUAAGCUGUGUAUGGGUGGGGAGACCAAGCAACCCAGUGAUCUGUUUUCAUAUUUGCGGGGGGCAUUUAGAGAGAAACGUACUACACCACAGUUGUUACAUGCUUUUUAUGCACGCAGACAGCUAGAGGGAGAAGACUUCCGUGACUUUUCCCAUGCUCUCUCUCAGCUUCUUAAUUCUGCUCUCCAACAGUCCCAUUACGCUGUGUCUGAUUCCCAGCUGGCUUUAAGAGAUCAGUUCAUCGAAGGCAUAAGAGAUGCGACUCUGCGUAGAGAGCUGCGCAAGCUGGUCAGAGAAAAGCCUCAGUCCACCCUGUUUGAUGUCCGUGAAGAGGCCAUGAUGUGGGUUGUGGAGGACAGACCCCAUGGUGCUAAUGUGGCCAGGAGUCGAAAUAUCGUGAGUACAUGUUCUGGGGAGAUGUCAGAACAUUUAAAUUCCGCCAGUGCUGCACAAAGUGACAUGGCUUCAGCUUUGCAAGAGGUAGUAAAAGUUAUCACGCAGCAGGGUAAAGCUAUUGGAGAACUCACUAAUGCAGUUCGUGAACUUGCUGUACAGAAGGGUGGUCCCAGUGGUAGCCAGAGUGGAAAGCCAAAGUUCAAGCCCAAGUAUAUAGUUGACGGCCAACCCAUCUGUUUAAGAUGUGAAGACAUGGGACAUGUAGCUAGGCAGUGUCCUGUACCACGUAGUUCCAAAGACCAGUCCACUGCCACCGCAAGUUCUGCGUUACAGGGAAACGGGGUCCCUCCGUUGCUGUGA